UGGUACUACAGUGAUCCGGAUGCUAACAGAGCGAAGGCGGCCAGUGACCAAUGUGCCGCUGCCGUUUGUUAUUGUGCAGAAGAGGCGCUGGAGGCUGGAGUGAAUGAACAGCAGACCGCACAUACAGUUCAUUUAUUUAUUAUCGUCCUAAUCUUGAGCUUAAUUUCACUAUGCCGUAUGCCAACCAGCCCACAGUGAAAAUCACGGAGCUGACGGACGAGAAUGUGAAGUUUGUGAUCGAGAACACGGAUCUCGCAGUGGCGAACUCGAUUCGUCGUGUGUUCAUGUCAGAAGUUCCAACCAUCGCUAUCGAUUGGGUUCAGAUCGAUGCCAACUCCUCUGUGCUCCAUGAUGAGUUUAUCGCACACAGAGUGGGGUUAAUUCCACUCACAAGUGAUGACAUUGUUGACAAGAUGCAGUACUCACGAGACUGCACAUGUGAUGAUUUCUGUCCGGAGUGUUCGGUUGAGCUCACGCUUGACGUGCGAUGUACAGAAGAUCAGACUCGACACGUGACCUCACGAGAUCUCCUGUCCAAUAACCCCCGAGUCAUCCCUGUACGUAUAGAUUCUCCUCACAAACUCGGAUGCAGACACUGUGUGUUUUCUGAUGCGCUGUGUCUUGUUCUUCAGGUAACAUCCAGAAGUCGAGACAACGAUCCCAAUGACUACGUAGAACAGGAUGACAUCCUGUUGGUGAAGCUGCGGAAGGGUCAGGAGCUGCGGCUCAGAGCAUACGCUAAAAAGGGUUUUGGCAAGGAACACGCCAAAUGGAAUCCCACUGCAGGGGUGGCGUUUGAGUAUGACCCAGACAAUGCGCUGAGACACACGGUGUACCCGCUUCCACAGGAAUGGCCUAAAAGUGAAUAUUCAGAAAUUGAAGAGGAUGGAGUUCAAGCUCUAUAUGAUCCUAAUGGCAAGCCAGAAAGGUUCUAUUACAACGUGGAGUCCUGUGGUUCACUUCGGCCGGAGACCAUCGUCAUGUCAGCUUUUGCUGUGCUUAAGAAGAAACUGAGUGAUCUGCAGACACAGCUCAGCCAUGAAAUUCAAAGCGAUGUGCUCACCAUUAACUAAACUGCUAAAAUACUGCUUUUUGGAUCACACUUUUGGGGAAAUAUAUUUUUUCAGUUGUUAUUUGUUUCUUUGCAUGAAACCUGUUAUGAUGGAGAACUCUAUGAAUAAUAAACACAUUAAAACAU